GACUUGUAGCAAUCAGUCUUCAAUAGUCUCUCUCGAAGAGCGGAGUGUGGUUAUCAACUGGUCUUCUAUCUCGUACGACUUCAGAAAGAUAAAUAACUGUAUAAAUAUAAUAGUGUGGUGAUAUACCGGUAGUUCUAUAAUAGUGAUGUGUUAAAAAUUGUAAAAAAAUGGUUUCUUCAGUAUAUUUCGCAGCCAAAACCGAUCUACAGUGGGACAGUGAUUUAAAACCACUACAACCAAAGUUAAUACCAACAUCCGUGUAUAAAAACUUAUGUUUAUUAAGUGUUAUAUUCGCUUUUAGUGUCGGUUUGACCAUAGGAAUACUGAUACCACUUAUUUAUCUAAAAGGAUCUGAUAAUAACAGAACUGAACUCCUUAUCAAACCAACCGCAAAUCCUAAUUUAAUACGGACUGUAUUUUUAAACAAUAGUUACGCGUUUCGGAACGAUUCUAAACAAUAUUCAUCAGUGUCUUUCAUCGAUGGCGUUAAAAAAGGCUACGAACUAAUCGAAGAUGGUAUCUUUUGGGGUAAACAAAUAGAAAAUAGUUUACCGGAAGGAUACAAAGAUAAGAAGCAUGGAAUUUGGGAGGAUUACGUCAAAAAUGCAGUUGCAAUUAAAAUGGAAAAUGGCUGUGGACGUAUGCAGAAUCGUUUAAUAACAUUUCAAGACGGUCUAAAAGGAUGUGUGAGGUAUAGACAAAAUACAGAUCAAAUACAAGGUGAAUUAUUUAGCUUCUAUUUAGCGAAAAUUCUAAAUUUACCGAAUUUAGCUCCAAGCACAGUAAGUGUAGUGGAUCUAAAACAACCUCUAUGGCAAAAUUUGAGAAAUGAAAUUGCUGCAGCUCAAUGGAAUUCAAAUAGACCGAUUGUUUUGACACAAUUCAUUACUAACCUAAAAUCUUCUAAUAUUCCGAACGUUUUUAAACCAAUAGAGAGGCAUCUAAACAAAUUCGAUGUAAUAAAUAUGACAAAAAACGAACUCCUAGAUAAAAACGAUAUGAAUAAAAUGUUAGUAGAGCUUGCACAAUGGUCCGAUUUAAUAAUAUUUGACUAUUUAACAGCAAACUUAGAUAGAAUAGUUAAUAACCUCUAUAACUACCAAUGGAAUGUUAACAUAAUGGAUGCACCUGCACAUAAUUUAGCACGAAAAUCAGACAGUGAUCUACUAGUGUUUCUAGACAACGAAUCCGGAUUACUCCACGGUUAUCGACUAUUAAAAAAAUACGAAAUCUACCACUCCAUACUGUUGGAAAAUUUAUGUAUCUUCAGACGACCUACAGCGGAUAAGAUAAAAAAAUUGAGGAACGAUAAAAAUAUAGGAUUCCUUCUACGUGGGAUGUUUGAGAAGUUAAACAGUGAUUCAGUAAAGGAUAUUUUGCCUACACUGCCUGAUAAAAGUGUUAAAAUUCUGAACGAAAGAAUUGAGAAGGUGCAUAAUCAGAUUUUGAAAUUUCUCAAGCCUCUGAUAUUUUGGUAGUAGCAAAGAAUUACGGGUAUAUGGGAAGAUUUAGAAACAACUUUGGGCGCUGAUUGCUAUAUUGGAGACAAUUAUAUUAGUUUUAAAUUUAUCUAAUGUCCGCUUAUAAACAAUGCAUUCCUUUCUAUAAGUAAAUCUAAAUUUGCAACACUGCAAAUGAUUGUGAUCAAUUUUGUAUUGCGAAAUAAAUAGCAAAGUAUCUAGAAGAGAAAACAAUCCAUAUAUAUCGAGCCGGAAACAAGAAAUUAACCCAAAUAAUCUUCUUCAGUAUCUUUGCGGUAUUAUUGCUAAUUUUUUUGCGUUUCUUAACGCCUUUAUCUUCUGUUACAAUCUUGUCUAUUAGCAGAGAUUCAAAAGAGGUAAUUGGGCUUUCACUAGUAGAAGGAACCAGUUCCAUAUCAUCCUCAGAGUCCAUUCCCAAGUUUCCUUCCCCUUCAAUUUCAAUGUCACAAAAUGGUAAAACUUCCUCUGAGCAAUGUUUUUUGAAAUAUCCUUUGAAAGAUCAUUUGGUCUGAAAAUUGAUUAUUUAACAACAGUUCUAUCUACAGGGUUAUCUGGAUUGUUAUGAUUAAAUAAGCUGUGGAAAUUCUUUCUAAAUUUUUCCUACUAAAAUAAAUUAAACAUUCUCUGUAAAUUCGAUAAAAAAAAACGAAAACAAGAAAUUAUUUAAACAUUGGCUGCAUAUUUUUUGAUAAUUUUAUACAAAAACAGAACCUGGUUGAAUAUUAAAUCAUUCUAUAAACAAAUAGUGAUUUGUAAUAUAAUUUGUACAUAAGUAUUGUGAUUUUGCCUGUCAGAU